CCGCCUUGUGGCUGACAGGGGAAGUUUCGAUUCAGACGAGCUGUGCAGUAGAAAACAAAUCUUGUGUGUUCAGGACUCCUGCUAAAAUACACAAUUGACAAGAUGUCGAUAACAGUUAGCAGAGGUGAGGGGUUGACGGUGUUAACCGUGAGCUCAAACCCAGGGAGCAAGUGGCCCAUAAUUUGUCAGAUCCUGGGCACUAUGUGCUACAGCCCAGUCUGCUCCGUUUCAGAGGGAUUGAAGAAGCAGUUUCGGGGCCCUCAUAAAGCACUGGCGACCGUGCAGAUAAUGGUUGGGCUAAUCAAUAUUGCCUUUGGGGGUUUGUACCAAUCCACUGACACUUUCGACUUCCUCACGGGCGCUCCCUUUUGGAUGGGUGGUGUGUUUGUGGCAGCAGGCAUCAUGUACAUCUUUGUAGACAGGUUUCCAAGCCCUUGCCUGGUGUUCUUGAAUUUGAUCAUCAACUUAGUCAGUGCAGCCAUAGCACUGACUGCCAUUGUAAUGUAUUCAGUGAAUCUGGGAACAGCACGUUGGACGCGCUCCUCAUGUGAACAUGACUAUGGCUAUGGCUAUGGAACGCAAUCCCCUGAAGCUGCUCUGCAGAACAUGGAAAAAUGUGUGGAGUACAGAGACACAUUGAAGGUGUUUCUUGAAGGCCUGGAGAUUUUUUUGAUUGUCUUGGCUGUUCUUCAACUGUUUGUGGCAGUCGGUUGUUCCUCUCUGAAUUUGAAGGCUUUGUGCAAUAAUAAAGGAGACGAAGAGCAUGAGAAAGACCCAACACUUCACGAGCCCCUCCUUGAGGAAGUCACUUCCAAUCCUGCAUCCUAGACUCCAUCCUUAUGCUCAUAUAAAUGUCUAUGUAUACAACCACUGAUUUUGAUUCUGCUUUUGAUCUUUUCAUAAGACAUAACUGACACGAUUGGUUGAGAUUUCAAUGCAAGCACUAGUAAUUAUAUUCUUGUGUAAAACUGCAUGUGUUCAUACCACCACCUCGCGGCAUGGGACUUACUGUUCAGUACCAUUGUGCAAACCAAACAGUUUCAGCUGGCCAAAUAUUAAAUGCAAUACGUACAACUAUGUAGUAUUUGUGAUGCAAUAAUUUACAAGGAAAGUGGCAUGCAGUGGAACAUGCAUUGCUUUAAAUCACUCACAUUGACAUAUUCUUGCUUAUUCAGCAAAAGUAAACAUUAUUUCAAAAGUACCAUCACAUUGUAUAGAAUGAUCACAAAAUUCGUAUUCCAUUGCAUCUUUGGCAAAGCAUAGGUCAUCGUGCAUCUAUUCAGUUUUUCAUAAGGAAAGUCCUUUUUCCCCCUGCUGUACUGAAAAUGUACUGUAGUGUGCACCCAAAACCACUGUUUAUGCUUUGUGCCUUAUUCUUUUUUAUGAAGCACUUUUAUAUUUUGCACAAAUAGAGACAGAAAUAAAAAUGAAUUU